UCGACCUCGUCGAAACCUCUGUUUCGGUUGCUUCCAGGUUUCUUCGCGAGCCUCGGCUGGAACUCGGACGGAACGCGGCGCGUUCCGCGCGCGGCUGCGGCCGCGGCCGCGAACGCGAGCGCGGCCGCGACCGCCGCCGGCCAGGUGCCGGCGCCUCUGACGCCGCAACGCCGCGCCCGGCUCCAUUGUCCAUCCCGGCACGCCGCUCGCAACGCCACCGCCAACAACAACAACAACAACAACAACAACAAUAACAACAAUAAUAAUAACCGACCGAUCAGCAGCAUCACAGGGUCCGGCCACGAUCGGCGGCACAAUUGUUCCCGCUGCGGGAAGAGCUACAAGAACGCCUACAUACUUAAGAGACACCUGUUAUACGAGUGCGGCAAGGCGCCCUCGUUCAACUGUCCCCAUUGCGCGUUCAGCUCCAAGUACGAGAGAAACCUCAAGGCGCACAUCAACCACCGCCACGUGGUCGCCCAGCCACCCCAGUCGACCACCCCCGUGAACCAGCGGGCCUGAAGGAAGAGGAGUCUUCCCGCCCAAGCGGAGAGGAACAGGCGAGCCAGGUUCAAAAUGAACAGGGAACCGGGGAAACGUUAGAACGCUUUUCGUUGAAAAACGGCUCUUUCGUUCGAUCAUCUAUUCGGCCCACGUUUCAGUUGCUGCUGCCGAACAAUUGCCUUGCGAUUUUUCGAGAGAUUACUGUGGCUCGAGGGUGAACAUCUCGAGGUCGUUUCAAGGUCGCUCGGUAUAAUCUUGCUGGGAAUUCUUUCUUCGGCGAAGGGGCGUAAUCGCUGCGCUGCUCAAAUGUUUAGUUGCUUCGACUGUUUUUGUUUGUUGGAGGGAAAUUUCGAGGAUCUCUGCGCCACUGUGACGAAGAAUGGGCUUUGGAACGAUUUUAUUUAGUGCACUGUGGCUCGAUGCAGUUCUGAUAGCGCGGAGAGGUUUUUUUGGUACAAUUUAGCAAGAAUUGCAGCGAGAGUACAUUGUUAAGACGCGAUUUUUUCGACUUUUCCGACGCGAUUAAGGACGUUCUGCGUUGCAAUUUGCAACUAAAACAAAUCUUCGAAGAGAGGAGUAAAUUGAACUUUUCUUGAUAUUGGUGAUUCAUUAUUAAUUUUUGUCGCGAGAUUGACAAUCGCUAAUUCAGAAUUGCAGAUAAUUUUGCUGCAUAAAAUAUUCGUAUCAUACAGAAUUAAAUUUUCGAUUCGUUAUUAAUUUUCGACGCUAGAUUAACAAUCGGUAAUACAGAAUUGCAGACAAUUUUGCUGUAAAAAAGCACCUUCUCCGAAGUCAAACACCGCUAAAAAAUUAGCUAUCAUCGCAUUGCUCGCUUCCCACAUACUUUUAUCCGAUCUCCAUCCGAAAAUCCACGAAAUUCUCCAAAUUAAUGCUCCAAUUAAUUUCCAUCGAAAUCCUUGAAACGAACUCAUUCAAUUAAUUCAUCGCAAGGCAAAUGAUCGACGCAGGAACGAGAUCGCACACUACAAAUUAUAAUCGCGAAACGAAACUUCGGCCGACAUUUUAUACGAACCACAAAAGCGAGGAGCUAAAAGUUCUAAAACGAAAAGAUUUUCCCUCGAAAGCAAUUCGACGAAAAUUUCUCCGCAUCGGGCGGAGGUUAAAAAAACGCUCGCUGGCCACAACUGGUUUCGUUGAUCCAGACCAAAUUUCUUUAUACGAUCGCUUCAGCAUCCUAAUCGCAUUGGUAUACGCUCUUGACAUUCGCGGCCGGUGGUCGAAGAACAUUUUUUUUCAUUUACAAAUCAAACUUGCGGCCGGUGGUCGAAGAACAUUUUUUGUUAAUUUACAAAUCAAAGGUGCGGCGCGCACUCGAAGAAGUGGCACGGUUGCGGAGGAAAACUGUCACAGUGUUCCUCGCGGAUCAGAUCAGCGAGCAGAGAGAGAGAGAGAGAGAGAGAGAGAGAGAGAGAGAGAGAGAGAGCGUUUACCGAUCUGUGGAACGACAUUCGAUCGUUUUCGAUGAGAAAACCGCAUAAACAAUAAACGCGACGAAAGAUCGAUCGCUGUUCAUCGAAAACGGCGACAACCGUGGCAGCCGAGCGAUUCGAAGUCGGAUUUCGAGUCGAAAGAGCCGCUUUAAGACCCCGCUCCUUCCGCCUGGAAUCUGGCCUAAUCGUCCGGCAACCGCGUUCCCGAAUAGACGCUAUUCGAGACGGCCGCGUA